ACCCGCCAGCCACUGGUGCUGGGUGACAACUGCUUCGCCGACCUGGUGGAGAACUGGAUGGACCUGCCUGAGGUGGGUGCCGAACCCCGGCACCAAACCCCUGCUGAGCCUUCCCGCCGGCUGGCCAAGCCCCCUGCUUUCCUGCUCAGCCUCUCGGGCAACGUACGCCGUAAGCUGGCCAACAUGGCCCGGCCCCGGGGGGCUGAGAGCGCCCGUCCAGGGGGCCGUGAAGCCACCAAGCGCUUCUCCUGCCCACUGGGGCUGGGGGGGCAGCCCAAGGGUGCCUGCUUCCACCAGUCCCACAGCAACAUCGCCCAGCUGGCCACGGACUUCCACCGCUUCACUGCCCUCAUGAACAGCCGCAGCCGCCAGCCCAUCAUCUGCAACGACGUUAUCGGCUACAUUUAG